CUGGUUUGUCAAUCACGCCUUGAUACUGCCACCAUGGCAACGGCAACGUCACUGAAACCAUGGCUCAUGGUCGUUCUGGUCCUAGGGCUGUUGGCAACAUCAGAAUCAGGAUUUCCUCGACUGCACUUUUCCGGACAAUUCCUCGCCGACACAAUGACCAUGAACAACGACCCUUAUAACUUCAACAUCUACAACUUCAACAUAAACCGAAACCCGCCAUGCUACCCCAACUACACCUUCCCGCACUGCAACUGGAACCCGAAAGGCGGCGGUGACUUCCGACUUGUCAACUGUACAGUUACCAAAGUCUGCUACGAGUACGGAAAGUGCACAACCAACGAUCCCAUGGUGGGGAAACGCAUCACAGGAAGUAACGACACCGUGGCCUCCAAGAUGGUGGAUCUGGACCCUUACUACCAGAUGUACACGUCUCAACUAUAUGGCCUUCAUGUCGGGGUAGAGGGCGCUUUUCAAGGCAAGUUUAAGGUCAAUACAGUGAUGGACAUAUGGCAACGAUGUAAGGAGAAUAAGUGUAUCGGGGAUCCCGGAUCGUCAGGGUACUGGAGUUCUGUGCUGGAGGGUGUGAGGUGGUUGGAUCAGAAAGAUGAUGGCGAAAAUGAUACACAGGUUAACAUAGUCUCAACAUUCGUCGACCAACUCAAGUAUCCUCGUGGCGGUUCCUCUGCGGCGGCUGAGACCUUGUACGUAAAGUUCACGGUAGACAUGAUGAACGAAGAUCCGCGAACCCACAACUUUGCCCAUGGGCGAGUCAUCGGAAGCAUCUCGACCGUGGACGAUGUGGAGACCCAGAAGCUUGGAUUUCCCGAGUUUAACAGAAUGCUGUGGGGACAGGGGCUAAUCACUGCCUUAAACGGACAGCCGAUCCUGCCAGAGAUGAAGGACUACUACCAUGCACCGUUCUACAUAGACGAGAAGAACAACAAAGUCGUGGUAGACCUCAGCAAUAGCUUACCAACACACCUUAACGGUACACUCGUCGACCGUGGCAACCUGCUCCUUCUCCUGAUCUACAAUAAAACGUCUUUGAAAAUGGAUGACGGAAUGAUCACGAACUGUGACGACAUACUUCACAACCCUGAAAUCAACGUCGGGUCCUUUGAUUAUACUGCCGAUGAGUGGCUACUGCGAGAUGCGGGGAUUGUCAUUAUGGACAUUGCCGGCCAGGAUAGAAAGGCAAAGGGGCCUGUGGUCGUGAUGGUCGUUAAGGAAGAAGCCCCGCCCAGCCAAGGGGCUCAGAAACAGUGCCUACCGGUUCUUGUUGAGCACCAUGAAGGGCUGUACAUUGGUGCAGCAGAAGACAGAGUUUUUCGGAUUCCAGAGUCAAUUACUGAGUCGACACGUACGGCAGACGAUGAUGAGUCUGACAAGGUUUCCUGGACAUUGAAAAUAUUUGCUACAAGGUUUGGCAACCCUGUCAAGAAUCACCCUGUCAAGUUAAAUGUUACGCUCAGCACUGAUCGAAAGGACAUCUGCAGUCCUACAGAUGCAAUUACCCUCGGCCCUGACUAUGAAAGUUUUCACCCGUCACCUGGCCAAUUUAUCACAAAUUACCAAGGGCUUGCAUCUAUCAUAUUUACGACAGACAGGGAGGGUCUUGAUUGCAGCAAACCAGCAGGGCUGGAGACGAGGAAAGGAUAUCAAGUCGAUGGGCAGUUAUACGACUAUGAUAUCACUGUGCAACCCGAGAAUGGCACAGAAGUAGCCUUUCCCCAAAACCUUAAGACGACAAUACACUUAUAUUGUAAACCUGAAAGCGAACCGCCUUACACAUGGGUCGAUGACAUUUAUCCGAUAUUUCAGCGAUACGACAACCUGUAUCCUGUCAUGAAGCCGCUCUUCAAUCUCGCCUCCUACAAAGAAGUGGUGCGGGAUUCUACGAGGAAACAGUUGCUGCACUCCCUGAAGCUGCCUAUAGAGGAUCCAAACCACAUGCCCGUCACACGUGAUCUCUCCCCGGCACACAGGGGCAUGCUUAUACACUGGUUAGAACAGGACGACAGAAAGUAUAGUCUUGAAAACCAAGCUAUGAAAUUAGACGAGUUGAAAGAAAAUCUUCAACUAGCACUGCGGUUGGAGCUGGCCACGAUCCCCCCGUAUCUAAGCGCCUACUUCAGCAUCAAGGACGGCUUCAACACUAAAGUCGCCGGCCUGCUGAAAGGCAUCGUGGUACAGGAAAUGUACCACAUGGCAUUGGUGGCCAACAUCCUCAAUGCUAUCGGAGGGACUCCGGUCCUGAACGCGUCCGUCAUCCCGACUUAUCCAGGUCCACUGCCCGCGGGAUGCCGCCCGGAUCUUAACAUACAGCUGGCCAAGUGUUCUCUCCACCAGAUACAUGACGUCUUUAUGGGGAUAGAGAAACCAGAAUGCUUGGUGAAUGCGUAUUCACAUAUUGUUAGGGUUCUUAAUUUGGCAUUCAUGUUCACGACCAAUUUACAAUCGAAUGCCGCCGGAUGUCCAGAGCUGAUAAAGAACGUGGAAAAAAAGUGCAAGGAUGACGUAAAAGAUUAUGACCCAGCCAGCAUAGGUGCCAUAUACAUCCACAAGAUAUUAUGCCCUAUGAUAGAUCUCUACGACAACGGCCACGGCAGUCUGACGUUCGACCAAAACACGACAAAGCAGUAUCCCGUGCCAUCCACAGAGUACGUGACAGACGUGUGUACGGCAAUCGAGGCAAUACAUCAAAUCCUCGACCAAGGAGAGGGCGGAGAUCCCUGCGAUGCAUUUUACAAGGGGCCAGAAGGCGAAGAUGAACUCAGCCACUAUUACAAGUUUGCGGAGAUAGCACAUGGCAAAGCGUUGGUUGCGGCUCAGCACCAUAACGCUUAUACCGAGCAAGGGCAGAAACGAUACAGUGGCGAGCAGUGCACCCACGGCUACCAGAAGUCUGAACACGAUUUCUUCACCCCAUGUGGUGUCUGUUGUAAUAAGACUUAUGAGUUCGCCGGUGCCCCCAUACCCUUCUAUGAGAACGCAGUGUGGCCCACUCUCCCCAACCCAAGCUCUUCCAAGUACCCGCCCGGCUCCAGGGCCCGUAAGAUGUCUGACCGCUUCAACGAGAAGUACACCAGUCUGCUCAGGUGCCUGCACGACAUGUUCAACGGAAACCCCGGCAACAUGAAGAAGUGCUUCGGCCUGAUGUCAUCCCUGACCGUGGAUGCCAAGAAAAUGGUCCAAACGCCCAUCGACCCUGACGGUGACCCCAACAUAGGGCCGAAUGUGGCUCCUACAUUCGAGUGGUAUCCGCCUGUCAACUGAUUGGCGUUAAAAAUAUGUGACCUGGUAUAAAGCUAAACUUUCUUCCAACACAAAAGUACACAUGGAUCAAAUUUUCAACGACCACUGCUGCCUUCUUCAGGAUCAGUACUGAUGGUCAAUCACUUCAGAACGUAACCUCGCGAGAGUUACGGACGCGUGAUCUUGUUAACACGUGAACUUCCCGGUACGUCAGCAAUCCGUGUGUACUUUUGUGUUGGAAGAAAGUUCAGCUUUGUACUAUGAUGACAUCUAACACAGAUGAGCUUCCAUGAUAAUAUAUGACCUAUGUCAUGGCUAGGAAAAUAACAAGGCUCUUUAUAAAUCAACAUUCAGCGCCAAUAACACAUCGCAAAAAUUGAACCUGCUACUACACAAGGACAUAGAAAAUCCUGUAAUAGCACGAUGAAAAAAACUACACGUAAAUCAACUUGCAUUUUACGUAGAUAUUGUAGAAUGUAGCUUGUACUCAGCUUAGAGCUAGUCGAUUUCGAUUAUCUCUUCAAGUCAAGUGAAUAAAAAGAUGACGUGGAAUGGAGCUAGAUGAAUAUAUCCAACUUCUGUAGAAUAUAAGCUUCAAUUGCUAAGUUGAGGUCUGCUGUUUAUGGCAAAGAAUGAAUAGUUUCAAGUUAAGAAUUUAUAGGUAUCUGCUGUGGUUAACCGAAGAAAUGAGUUGAUAAUGAAUAGGGAGAGUGUAACAAGACCAGAGAGCAAGGCAUGGCUUUGUAGUCUACAUCUACAUCUUGGCCACUUUAUAAUGAUAACUGACAGGAUAAUCAAGGUAGAUCUUAAAAUGACAUAGUCUGUAAAAUCAGUGCUAAAAUAUGUAUAGUCAAUAUUACUAGUGCUAUAAGAAAUACUUUAAUUGAUCGCUUAGUAUAGUAAGCGUAUGGCUUGACACGGAAGAUCAACCUUGGAUCAAAGUUGAUCUGUGAUAUCCAGCACAAAAAAGUGGACUUAUGUUACCCAAACCUUCUACCGUCCAACUAUAUUCUGUCAAGGAUGAACAAUCCACUACUUCUAUGACGUCACGUUAUGCAGAUAGAAACAACAGAGACGGGGAGCGCCAUAGUCUUUCUGUGACGUACAUGUAUGAUCCACUGCUCACCUAGUCACGUGGUCUAUCUGCGUCUUAAAGUUCACCAUUGAUCCAGAAUGACUUCCACGAACACAGGUGAACUUUCAAGUGCAGUGAAGAUGAAUCUCGACUUUGCAGGAUUAUAAGCAGCUUAUACUAUCUAGAGUGGAAGUAGCCUGACUAUAAUCGCGCUUCUAGCGGUCGGCUCUACAGUCGCCGCCGGCAUUAACCGCAGCCAGCAAGAGAUUGUGUAAACACAGGCCAGAGAGGAAGUAUCUACCAGAAUGUGUGGUGUUAUAGUAAGGCUUAAGAAAAAAUAAAUGGUGAAAGGGA